CAUGGGGCAUUCUGGAAAGCAUUUGACGCUAGUGAAGCCCUCGCGGCCUUCUUGGUUGAGGGCGGAUGUGAGCGGGCGUGGUGCAGGGGACGCCCACUGAUUCCAGACUCGUGUGUAUGCGGCGCUCAGCAUGCUCCGCCGGGAAGCUCGCCUGCGCCGCGAGUACCUGUAUCGCAAGGCCCGCGAGGAGGCUCAGCGAUCUGCCCAAGAGAAGAAGGAGAGAGUAAAGCGCGCGCUUGAAGAAAACCAGCUGAUUCCCACUGAGUUACGCCGGGAGGCUCUAGCCUUACAGCGUUCCCUGGAGUUUGAUGACGCCGGUGGUGAAGGUGUGACUAGCCACGUAGAUGAUGAAUACCGAUGGGCUGGGGUCGAGGAUCCAAAGAUCAUGAUCACCACCUCCCGGGAUCCCAGUUCUCGCCUGAAGAUGUUUGCCAAGGAACUGAAGCUGGUGUUCCCAGGCGCCCAGCGCAUGAACCGAGGCCGGCAUGAGGUUGGAGCGCUGGUGCGAGCCUGCAAAGCCAAUGGGGUCACCGACCUCUUGGUUGUCCAUGAGCAUCGAGGCACCCCUGUGGGGCUCAUUGUCAGCCAUCUGCCCUUCGGCCCUACUGCUUACUUCACACUGUGCAAUGUGGUUAUGCGGCACGACAUCCCUGACCUGGGCACGAUGUCAGAGGCUAAGCCUCACCUCAUCACUCAUGGCUUCUCCUCCCGCCUGGGCAAGCGGGUGUCUGACAUCCUUCGUUACUUGUUCCCUGUGCCCAAAGAUGACAGCCACCGGGUCAUCACAUUUGCAAACCAGGAUGACUACAUCUCAUUCCGGCACCAUGUGUACAAAAAGACAGACCACCGCAAUGUGGAGCUCACUGAGGUUGGGCCUCGCUUUGAGCUGAAACCGUACAUGAUUCGCCUGGGUACACUGGAGCAGGAAGCCACAGCAGAUGUAGAGUGGCGCUGGCACCCGUAUACCAACACUGCCCGCAAGAGGGUCUUCCUGAGCACUGAAUGAGCCGCUGGCCAGUCAGGAUGUGGACUUGGAAUCUGGGAGCAGGGACUUGUCACAUGCAGGCCCACUAAUCUCAAGUGGGGACUGAAGGGAUCUAAAUAAACCUCUGUCAUCAUGCUGCCCAGC